AACCCAAGCUCCCCCCUCUCUUAUAUCUAUAAAAGCUCUCAUAUGCUCCCAAACCCAUUGCAUCAAAGCAGCUACAAAGCAUAGAUACUCUCUCCUUUUCUUUCUCUCGAUUUUAACUGUUGCAUCAAUUUGUCUUCACUAUGUCAAGAGUCCCCGAGCCACUUACUGUUGGGAGAGUUAUAGGAGAGGUGGUGGACAAUUUCACCCCAAGUGUCAAAAUGACAGUAACUUACAACUCCAACAAACAAGUUGCCAACGGCCACGAGCUCAUGCCUGCUGUCAUUGUUGCUAGACCUCGGGUUGAGAUUGGCGGUGAGGACAUGAGAGCUGCUUACACAUUAAUCCUGACAGAUCCUGAUGCUCCAAGCCCUAGUGAUCCGUACUUGAGGGAACAUUUGCACUGGAUGGUUACCGACAUUCCCGGUACUACUGAUGCUUCUUUUGGGAGGGAAGUUGUUAGCUACGAGACUCCAAAGCCAACAGUGGGCAUCCACAGGUACGUGUUCAUACUGUUCAAACAGAGAGGAAGGCAAACAGUGAGGCCACCAACUUCGAGGGAUUACUUCAAUACCAGGACGUUUUCACAAGAGAACGGUUUGGGACUCCCAGUGGCUGCCGUGUACUUCAAUGCCCAGAGAGAAACUGCUGCAAGAAGAAGAUAACUUCAGCAGCUCUCUCACCGUAGUUCAUACAUAUCAAAAGCUCGUUUCCUCUGCUUUCAAAAGGGCAAACAAGAAAGAAAGAAAUGCGACUGUCAACAUUCAACAUUUAUCUCUCCUGGAUUUAGGGUUUGACACGUAUGUUUGUGUUUUCAGAUUUUUCUGUCAUGGUAUUUUACUUUUGUGAUCUUGUACUGUUGUGUGUGAGCCACUGCUAGGCGAGGGAGACUGUUCUUUCAUGUAAGAAAACUAGGUUUCGCUUGUCCGUGCACCCAGCCCAUUUUGCAGUUCAUUGAACAGUUGUCUGAUUUGAUUGGGAUGCACAUAGCAUCAGAGAUGUACAUACCUCUGGUGGGUACGUGGCAAGUUAUAAAAGUCUGUACUAAAAUGAUCGUGAGGUCCCCAAACCACUCGAUCUGUCAUGGGAAUAACAGAAACUAGGACGGGGUUAAGGCCUUCUUUAUCUGAGUA